GUGUUGGUAUUCGAUUCGAUAACGCAAGAUUCCAAAUUAGAACAAUACAGCGAAUUCUCCCGUUUUGCGACUGUGUCUAUUCGGAAUUCUAGUCGGGGAGUCAAACAUGACGAACAGAGAGAUACUCCUUACACGUAGGCGAUUCUCAAGGAAACGGAUCUUGAGGGGUCCUUACUAUAGAAUCGAGAUGGCAACUCCGGCUGCGGAUCCCCGCGAUUUUCUGUAUAAGGUGCUGGUAAUCGGUGAACUGGGAACGGGCAAGACCAGCAUCAUCCGCCGCUACGUUCACAAGGCCUAUAGCGAGCAUUACCGAGCCACGAUCGGUGUAGACUUCGCGCUCAAAGUUAUUCAGUGGGACGAGAAUACAGUCGUCCGGCUACAGUUGUGGGACAUCGCAGGUCAAGAACGCUUCGGUAACAUGACGAGAGUGUACUUCAAGGAGGCGGUCGGAGCUUUCAUCGUCUUCGACGUCACGAGAGGCGCCACGUUCGAAGCCGUUCUAAAAUGGAAGAACGAUCUCGACGCUAAAGUGCAUCUAGCGGAUGGUUCUCCCAUUCCUUGUGUUUUAUUGGCGAACAAGUGA